AUGGCCUCAGCCGGGGGCUUGACGCGCCGGAGAGGUGGCGGUCGGGCCGCUGGCGGAGAUGACAACGACGACAUCAAUCGAGUGUCCUCGCCCUUGUCCAGAAGCGGUUCAACAUAUGGCAACAACACCCCCGAGACGUCAUUUACCAGCGGGGAUAAUGGCCAUAAAGUCGUGUUUGAUCCCAGGGAUAUCAGCGAGAGCCACGAGAGAACCAAGCAGCCUAAGCUUACCCUGAUGGAAGAAGUGCUACUGCUAGGAUUGAAAGAUAAACAGGGCUACCUGUCUUUUUGGAACGAGAACAUCUCCUACGCCUUACGAGGCUGUAUUGUUAUUGAGCUGGCAUUCCGUGGCCGCAUAAGCAUGCAAAAAGAUCCUUCGCGAAGGCGAUUCCCGCUGGCCGAUCGGAUCAUUGAAGUUGUCGACGAUUCGUUGACGGGCGAGGUAUUGUUGGACGAGGCAUUGAAAAUGAUGAAAACGAGCGAGAAAAUGAGCGUCAACUCAUGGAUCGAUUUGAUGAGCGGUGAAACAUGGAAUCUUAUGAAAAUCGGCUAUCAACUCAAACAAGUGCGCGAGCGCCUCGCGAAGGGUCUCGUUGACAAGGGAAUCCUCCGCACCGAAAAGCGCAACUUCCUCCUCUUUGACAUGGCGACACACCCUGUUGCGGACGGGGGCGCGAAAGAAGACAUAUACCGACGAGUACGUAACAUAUGCAGCAACCGCACUGUGAUCAUCCCGCCGAGUACCUGGCUCCCCGAAGAUGUCGAAUUCAGAUAUCUUCGCACAGUCACCAUGGUAUGUGCUGCAUAUGCGGCGAACGUUCUGGAAAAUGCACUGGUUACAAUGAGCCACGAAUCUCGCGAAAGGGCCUUUGCGCAGGUGGACGAGUUGCUUGCCGAGUACUCACAGUGGCCAUUUACCAGGAGGACAGGUGGUGCACAGGCAAUUGGUGCAAAUCUGGCGCAAGCUAUCAAUGAAGAGGUUAACAGGGCCCCAGAAAAAGAACUUCAACUCGAGAUUGUCGCAGCAUGUUUGAGCGUUUUCACCAGACUUGAUUCUUUACUUUAG